UAGUAUUUUGGUUGAUAAAUAUGAAAAAUAUGUUGAAAAUUUACUCAAAGGUUUAACAGAGGCAGGUACUACUACUCCUAUCUUUCAAAAAGGAGAAUUAGAAAGUCUUCAAGAAGAGCAAAAAAUUUGA